CCAAUACCCCGUAGUGGGUAGGAGCCAAGAAUCAAGGAACAAGCGAGCAAGCAAGCUUCUCGCGGUCGCCUUAACAAGCGAUCUAGCGCGCGCCGUGUAUUGUGAGCCAGUCGUGUGUUCCACGCCGUCGCCGCAUCCGCUCAGAUAGAAAAUGUUCGCUCGAAUCCUCGCCGGUGCCGGACUUCUCGGCGGCGGCUGCGGCGCCGCGGCUUUUGUGUUCGGCAGAGAGGAUCCGAAAGAGGGCAAGUCGGCGUACCCAUCGUGGAGCACCGAGUACCAGCGUUCCGCUUACUGGGACAGCAACUGGGACAGGCGUGACCCCAUGUUCUGCGUGAAGCCACCGGAAGACUACUCGCCGGUAGAGCAGAUUCGUUUCGAGGAAGAAUUGAGCAAGGCCAAGCCGAAGCGAAAUCGGUAUCUCUACUUGAUUCGCCACGGACAAUUCAAUGUGAACGGAACCACGGACAAGGAGUGCGCACUUACAGAACUCGGUCGAAAGCAAGCGGACAUGACGGGCCAGCGGCUGAAGGAGACGGGCAUUCCUUUCACGAGGAUGGUCCACUCGACAAUGACGCGAGCCACCGAGACGGCCGAGAUCAUCCACAAGCACUUGCAGUGGCUUCCCAUGGAGCCGUGCGAGCUCAUCUGCGAGGGGGCGCCCGUGCCGCCCGAGCCGCCCUCUCGGUCCACAACUUGGAGUCCGAGUGCCAGAAAUUUUUUUGUAGAGGGCGCCCGCAUCGAAGCUGGCUUCCGCAAGUACUUCCACCGGGCACUUCCCACUCAGCAGGAGGACUCGCACGAGAUCAUCGUGUGCCACACGAACGUGAUUCGCUACUGGGUGUGCAGGGCGCUGCAACUUCCACCCGAAGCCUGGUUGCGCUUGUCUCUGCCCCAUUGCAGCACGUCGGUCGUGAAAAUCACGCCGUUAGGAGAUGUUUCCCUGCAGGGACUCGGUUGCGUUGGACACAUGCCCAUGGAGAUGAUAACAAAGUGACACUUCGCCGAAGCUCUCAAAAAGUACAAUAAAAAAUAUACUUUCUUUGUGUCA